ACCGCAAUCGUGGCCCAUAGUGGGAGCUUUAGAAAUGUUUUCUAAACUUUUGAUACCACUUUCCUUUGUUGUGUUAUUUUAUGGAACGUCUUCAAAUGGCCAGAAGAAAAAAGAGACGCUCCUCUCCGAGAAGGUCGGACAGAUGAUGGAUUGGGCCAGUAAGAGAGCUGUGAUUAGAAUGAAUGGAGAAAAGUUCAGACGAUUUGUCAGAGCACCCCCACGUAACUAUUCCGUGAUCAUCAUGUUUACUGCCCUUCAGCCUCAGAGACAGUGUGCAGUUUGCAGGCAAGCGGAUGAAGAAUACCAAAUUCUUGCUAAUUCUUGGCGCUACUCCAGUGCAUUUACCAACAAGGUUUUCUUUGCACUGGUGGAUUUUGAUGAGGGCGCUGACGUUUUCCAAAUGCUCAGCAUGAACUCGGCCCCUACGUUCAUCAACUUCCCCUCCAAAGGGAAGCCCAAGCGUGCAGACACGUACGAGCUGCAGGUUCGAGGCUUUGCAGCCGAGCAGAUUGCUCGAUGGGUGGCUGACCGGACCGACGUUCAUAUUAGGGUGAUAAGACCACCUAACUAUGCGGGGCCAUUGAUGCUGGGCUUGCUUCUGGCUCUCAUCGGCAGUCUGGCCUACCUACGGCGCAAUAAUUUAGAGUUCCUCUACAACAAGAAUGUCUGGGCUUUCUCUGCACUGUGUUUUGUUUUGAUUAUGACAUCAGGCCAAAUGUGGAACCAUAUUCGAGGACCUCCAUAUGCUCACAAGAAUCCCAGCACUGGACAAGUGAGCUACAUUCAUGGCAGCAGCCAAGCUCAGUUUGUGGCAGAGACACACAUUGUUCUCCUUUUCAAUGCGGCUGUUACUUUAGGGUUAGUGCUUCUACAUGAGGCAGCGACGUCUAACGUGGACAUCGGGAAGAGAAAAAUCAUGUGCAUUGCUGGGAUUGGACUGGUGGUUCUCUUCUUCAGCUGGCUGUUGUCCAUCUUCAGGGCCAAAUACCAUGGCUACCCUUACAGCUUCCUUAUAAGUUAAAUGUAGACCUCCUGAAGAAUAUUCCAACAGAAGAUUAACUUAUCAAGUACCAAGUCUUUUCAGAACUUUCUACAGUUUUAAGGUGCCUUAAUGGUUCACAGUGAUUAUUCGUUUAGGAUUAUAUGCUUUUUUUAAUUUAAAUCUGAGUAAACAAUUUCAAGCAGGGAUCCAAAAAGUGAUUAGAAUACAUGCAUUGUAUUGCUUGCUAGUCAAUUCAUUAUUGCAGGCAGAGUAUGCAAUUCAAUAUUUACCAUGUUACAACAUGUUUGCCUCGUUAAAAAAGGCAGACACUAAUUUGGAAGACAUAUGAGGGCAAGCACAGUGUUUUUCAUUCUACCUCCUGACAAAUGUACAUAUUAAGUUCCAAAGUCAAAAGGAAGCAGGCUGUUCUUCAGUGUAAUUGCAUUUCACUGAGUAUGUGAAUGUCCUGGCCUGAGCAUGGUUUCCCAAACCAUUGUCAUGUUUAAAUAUUCACUAUUAAACAUUUACAGUGGUAUUUAGUCUGCAGUCUGACAAUGAAUUAUGUUGUGAUGAUUUUGGUAACCUUGCUCCUGGCCAGUGUGAUUGUGAAGUGACUUUUAUGGCUAUGCUGAAAACGUCGGUGCUGCUCUGCAUUAUGCCUCAGGUGCUGUCUUUUGCCAUUAAAAGUGCCUUAAUUGCCAGUUUGGAUCCAUUUUUUGCCACUGCUUGUCUUUGGAUCUCUGUUUUAUCUGCUUUGCCUGAUGGGUAGGUUUGUCACUCUUGAGCUAAUGAGUAACAUUCUGGACAGUAGGUGGCACAAGUGCUUUUGUAAAUGCCCAUUUUACAUUGCUCAGAAACAACUGGAUGCUGAAACUCAUGGUUCUCAGUUACUUUUAUUACAUUUUUUUUUUAUUUAAAAAGUGUUAAAAUGUUUGUAAUUGAAGGGGGAAUUGAUUGAAGAAUUAACUUCAUGGUUCAGUUUUGGGUUUUUUUGGGGGGGGCGAGUUGAUCAGUAACUUGGUAAUCAAACAAAAGAGGAUAUUUGUAGCAGACCUGCAGAAUCCAUACUUUCUGCUAUAAAUGUUUAUUCACAAACUAUAAUACAGCUAUUAUGCUGUUAUUAGCCAAGUUAGUUCAUGAGUAUUCACAAUAUAAUCACAUUUAGGACUAA